AUGCCGGAGUGCGUGUCGGUGUCCGACUUCCUGCAGGAGGUUCAGGAGGACUGGAGCUCCCCCACCACCUCCUCCUUCAGCUCCAAGAUGAUCAGCUGCAGGAACACCGUCAACCUGCUGGAGGAGGUUUUGGAUAGCGACCGGUUGGUGUUGCAGAAGAUGAAGAAAGCUGCUAAAGCCAAAUACACAUCAGGACAAGACCACGUCUCUCACCUGGAGCAGUACAUCAAUUCGAUGGAGAAGCUGUCGGUCAACUGUCACUCCAACGGGGAGUCGGAGGUCGGCUCCGCCUUCUGCCGACUGGCCGACUUCUCCAAGGAGCUCCUCUCGCCCAUGAAGAACCUGUUGAAGAGCAUGCUCCACAACAUCAACUUCUUCCUGGAGUCUCUGGUGAAAGGAGACCUGAGGGAGGUGAAGGGGGAUCUGAAGAAGCCUUUUGACAAAGCGUGGCGGGACUACGAGAGCAGAUUUAAGCAGGUGGAGAAGGAGAAGAGGGAGCUGGCUCGUCAGUACGGGAUGGUGAGGAACGAGGUCAGCGGAGGAGAAGUGGCAGAGGACCUGGAGAAGGAGAGACGCUCCUUCCAACUGAGCAUGUGUGAGUAUCUGAUUAAGGUAAACGAGAUAAAGACGAAGAGAGGAGUCGACCUUCUGCAGAACCUCAUCAAACAUUACCACAGCCACAACAAUUUCCUGCAGGAGUGUGUGUCCACCACUCAGAGGCUGAAGCAGUACAUGGAGGAGCUGAACGGAGUUCUGAACACGGUGAAGCAGCGUCAGGAGGAGGAGAAGAAGCAGCUGGUGACCCUCAGAGAUCAGCUGAGGCCGGUGGUCAACACGGAUCAGGACUCGUUGCCUAAGCAGGUGUACAGUAUGCAUCAGCUGCUCGGAGACAAGCAGUACGGGACGGAGAGAUCAGGGUUCCUCUACAAGAAGAGUGACGGUUUGAGGAAAAUGUGGCAGAAGAGGAAAUGUUCAGUUCACAACUGUUACCUGACGAUCGCACACGCCACUCCAAAUAAACCUCCGACCAGACUGAACCUGCUCACCUGUCAGGUGAAACCCAGCGUUGAGGACAAGAAAUGCUUCGACCUCAUCUCUCAUAAUCGGACCUACCACUUCCUGGCAGAGGAUGAGGCCGAGUGUGUGGCCUGGAUCUCGGUGCUCAGCAACAGUAAGCAGGAGGCCCUCAGCGUGGCCCUGGACGGGGGGAGGAGAGGGGGAGGCGAGAGCAGCGUGGAGGAUCUGACCCGGGCCAUCACCGAUGACAUCAGACGGUUGCCGGGCAACAGCAGCUGCUGUGACUGCGGCGCUCCGGAUCCUGGAUGGCUCUCGACCAACCUGGGCAUCCUGACCUGCAUCGAGUGCUCGGGGAUCCACAGGGAGAUGGGGGUCCACGUCUCCAGGAUCCAGUCUCUGAGUCUGGACAGUCUGGGGACCUCAGACCUGCUGUUGGCCAGAAAUGUUGGAAACUUUGGUUUCAAUGAGAUCCUGGAGGCGAACCUGCUGAGUCCCUCAUUGAAGCCCUCACAGCACAGCCACAUCCGUUUGUUUCCAUGCCAACAGGAGAGAGGGGAGACGGCGCUCCACCUGGCCGUCCUAUUGGCUGACAGGACGUCGCUGCACAUCCUGGACUUCUUAGCUCAGAACUGCUCCGACGUGGACGCGCAGACAUCAGCAGGAAACACGGCGCUGCACUACAGCUGCCUGCACAACAAGAGCGACUGUGUGAGGCUGCUGCUGAGGGCCAGGGCCGACACACACAUGAAGAACGAGUUGGGCGAGACGGCUCUGGACGUGAGCCGCAGGCUGAAGAACGGCCAGUGUGAGGCGCUGCUGCAGAAAGCCCAAUCCGACCAGUUCGACCAUCACGUCCACGUGGAGUACGAGUGGCGGCUUCGCCACGACGACCUGUACGACAGCGACGAGGACUUUGAGGAAAAGUUUCAGAGCGGUCCGGUGAAGAAGGAGCGCUCCAUCUCGUCCUCCUCCUUCACCUCCUCCUUCUCCUUCACCUCCCGUGCCUUCACCUUCAGUCAGUCCGCCUCCUCCGCUGCUCCUUCCUCCUCCGGAGUAGCUGGAGGAGGAGGAGGGGGAGGAGGACUGCUCAGUGUCGGGAGGAGGCUCGCCAUGGCCAUGGAGCUCCACAGCCGGCCCGCUGUCUGCUCCUCCAGCCCACCUCCUCCUCCUCCGUCCUCACCUGCGCCUCCGCUGCCCCCCAGGGUCAAAGCUCCCAACGUCCCCCCCCCUCCGCCUCCCGACGGGGGGGAAGGCGGCGGGGAGGAAGAGGAGGAAGACGAGGAGGUUUUCUUCCCCCUGAUGGGAAACAGAAAGUCAACGCCUCCUCCUCCCAUCGCCGCCCGACACAAGAGGAGCAACUCCGAGUCCGGCAAGCACGAUUACGGGUUGCCAACCAGUCCCAGGAUCUACAGCGGCCCAGACUCCUCCUUUAUGAAGUGCGUUCCGUCUUCUCCUCUCAACGCGCUGAAUGAACGACCACAACGAGGUUUCCGGAGAGCAGACAGUGACGGUGGCUCCUCCCACUUCCGACACCCGGCGAGGAAGGCCCCGCCCAGCGGCUCUCCCACCAGCCAGCGCUCUCAGAGCUUUGACAACGACAGCCGGCGCCCCGCCCCUCAGCCGCUUCCUCGCCGGUCAUUGCCUCGGGGGGCGACGAGCCGCCGCGUGGAGGCGAUGUACGACUGCCAGGCCGACCACCACGACGAGCUGAGCUUCUUCGAGGGUCAGGUGCUGGUGGUCGUGGCUCAGGAGGACUGUGAUUGGUGGAGGAGGAACCGGACCAGCGAGGUCUCUUUCCGUCUUCCUUCGUCCAGUUGCUCUCAGACUGACAUAAACAUGGUCCGAGACCAGGACCGGAGCAGAACCUGGACCAGUACAGAUCCAGACCACAUCAGUAGGCCUGGGGAACCAGAACCUGGAGCUCAGGAGAACCAAACCAGAUCCUUCCAGGUUUUUGUCCCACCCCUCCACCCAGGACUGGACUGCUCUGGUCCUGAUCAGGUCCAGCAUCCUGUGAGGUCACGUGAUCAACGGUCCAGCCGCAGUGUUGUCUUACGCCUUCCGUUACCAUGGAAACUUUACAAAUGACCACACGAGAUCUCCGUGUCGCCGGGUCAUUUGACGACGUUGCCAUGGCUACCGCACAAACCGAUCGCCGACAAUUCCAGUCCGACGUGGACAAAACUUUUAGUUAUUUAUUUUUUAAUUAAAUGUAAUAUUUUAUUAAGAGCACUCACUCCACUUCAAAAUAAAACAAUCCAAUGUACUUUUA